AUGACAUUGUGUCGGCCUUUCAGCUCAGAGUCGAGCGAGAAGAAAGAGGCCGCUGGAAUCGAGACCGAUUGUGCUAGAAAGGUCACACCCCCACCACAGGGUCACACCCUCACCAGAGGGUCACACCCCCACCACAGGGUCACACCCCCACCAGAGGGUCACACCCCCACCACAGGGUCACACCCCCACCACAGGGUCACACCUCCACCAGAGGGUCACACCCCCACCACAGGGUCACACCCCCACCACAGGGUCACACCUCCACCAGAGGGUCACCCAGAGGGGUCACACCCCCACCAGAGGGUCACACCCCCACCACAGGGUCACACCCCCACCACAGGGUCACACCCCCACCACAGGGUCACACCCCCACCAGAGGGUCACACCCCCACCAGAGGGUCACACCCCCACCACAGGGUCACACCCCCACCACAGGGUCACACCCCCACCACAGGGUCACACCCCCACCACAGGGUCACACCCCCACCAGAGGGUCACACCCCCACCAGAGGGUCACACCUCCACCAGAGGGUCACACCCCCACCACAGGGUCACACCCCCACCACAGGGUCACACCCCCACCAGAGGGUCACACCCCCACCAGAGGGUCACACCUCCACCACAGGGUCACACCCCCACCACAGGGUCACACCUCCACCAGAGGGUCACACCCCCACCACAGGGUCACACCCCCACCACAGGGUCACACCCCCACCAGAGGGUCACACCCCCACCACAGGGUCACACCCCCACCACAGGGUCACACCCCCACCACAGGGUCACACCUCCACCAGAGGGUCACACCCCCACCAGAGGGUCACACCCCCACCAGAGGGUCACACCCCCACCACAGGGUCACACCCCCACCAGAGGGUCACACCCCCACCACAGGGUCACACCCCCACCACAGGGUCACACCCCCACCACAGGGUCACACCUCCACCACAGGGUCACACCCCCACCACAGGGUCACACCCCCACCACAGGGUCACACCCCCACCACAGGGUCACACCCCCACCACAGGGUCACACCCCCACCAGAGGGUCACACCUCCACCAGAGGUUCACACCCCCACCACAGGGUCACACCCCCACCACAGGGUCACACCCCCACCACAGGGUCACACCUCCACCACAGGGUCACACCCCCACCACAGGGUCACACCCCCACCACAGGGUCACACCUCCACCACAGGGUCACACCCCCACCACAGGGUCACACCUCCACCACAGGGUCACACCCCCACCACAGGGUCACACCCCCACCACAGGGUCACACCCCCACCACAGGGUCACACCCCACCAGAGGGUCACACCUCCACCACAGGGUCACACCUCCACCACAGGGUCACACCUCCACCACAGGGUCACACCUCCACCACAGGGUCACACCCCCACCACAGGGUCACACCUCCACCACAGGGUCACACCCCCACCACAGGGUCACACCCACACCACAGGGUCACACCUCCACCAGAGGGUCACACCCCCACCACAGGGUCACACCCCCACCAGAGGGUCACACCUCCACCACAGGGUCACACCCCCACCACAGGGUCACACCUACACCACAGGGUCACACCUCCACCAGAGGGUCACACCCCCACCACAGGGUCACACCCCCACCACAGGGUCACACCCCCACCACAGGGUCACACCCCCACCACAGGGUCACACCUCCACCACAGGGUCACACCCCCACCAGAGGGUCACACCCCCACCACAGGGUCACACCUCCACCAGAGGGUCACACCCCCACCAGAGGGUCACACCCCCACCAGAGGGUCACACCCCCACCAGAGGGUCACACCCCCACCACAGGGUCACACCCCCACCACAGGGUCACACCUCCACCACAGGGUCACACCCCCACCACAGGGUCACACCCCCACCACAGGGUCACACCCCCACCACAGGGUCACACCUCCACCACAGGGUCACACCUCCACCACAGGGUCACACCCCCACCACAGGGUCACACCUCCACCACAGGGUCACACCCCCACCAGAGGGUCACACCUCCACCAGAGGGUCACACCCCCACCAGAGGGUCACACCCCCACCACAGGGUCACACCCCCACCACAGGGUCACACCUCCACCACAGGGUCACACCUCCACCACAGGGUCACACCCCCACCACAGGGUCACACCCCCACCACAGGGUCACACCUCCACCACAGGGUCACACCCCCACCAGAGGGUCACACCUCCACCACAGGGUCACACCCCCACCACAGGGUCACACCCCCACCAGAGGGUCACACCUCCACCAGAGGUUCACACCCCCACCACAGGGUCACACCCCCACCACAGGGUCACACCCCCACCACAGGGUCACACCCCACCACAGGGUCACACCUCCACCACAGGGUCACACCCCCACCACAGGGUCACACCCCCACCACAGGGUCACACCCCCACCACAGGGUCACACCUCCACCACAGGGUCACACCCCCACCACAGGGUCACACCUCCACCACAGGGUCACACCCCCACCACAGGGUCACACCUCCACCAGAGGGUCACACCCCCACCACAGGGUCACACCCCCACCACAGGGUCACACCCCCACCACAGGGUCACACCUCCACCACAGGGUCACACCCCCACCACAGGGUCACACCCCCACCACAGGGUCACACCCCCACCACAGGGUCACACCCCCACCACAGGGUCACACCCCCACCACAGGGUCACACCUCCACCACAGGGUCACACCCCCACCACAGGGUCACACCUACACCACAGGGUCACACCUCCACCAGAGGGUCACACCCCCACCACAGGGUCACACCCCCACCAGAGGGUCACACCCCCACCAGAGGGUCACACCCCCACCAGAGGGUCACACCUCCACCAGAGGGUCACACCCCCACCAGAGGGUCACACCCCCACCACAGGGUCACACCUCCACCACAGGGUCACACCCCCACCAGAGGGUCACACCCCCACCACAGGGUCACACCCCCACCACAGGGUCACACCUCCACCACAGGGUCACACCCCCACCAGAGGGUCACACCCCCACCACAGGGUCACACCCCCACCAGAGGGUCACACCUCCACCAGAGGGUCACACCCCCACCAGAGGGUCACACCCCCACCACAGGGUCACACCCCCACCACAGGGUCACACCCCCACCACAGGGUCACACCCCCACCAGAGGGUCACACCCCCACCAGAGGGUCACACCCCCACCACAGGGUCACACCCCCACCACAGGGUCACACCCCCACCACAGGGUCACACCCCCACCACAGGGUCACACCUCCACCACAGGGUCACACCCCCACCACAGGGUCACACCCCCACCACAGGGUCACACCCCCACCACAGGGUCACACCCCCACCAGAGGAUCCACUACGACGGCUGGAGCCACGUGUACGAUGAGUGGAUGGACUCGGACCACCCGGACCUGCACCCGGCCGGAUGGUGCGAGGCCACGGCCCACCCCCUCAAAGUGCCCCCCCGGGACCAGCCUGCCCCAGCUCAUGGAGUCCUGCGGGAGCCCACGGGACCCGCCUCGUUCCCCGCCUCAGGCCCCGCCCCCUGCAAACCCCUGGGACACGCCCGGGCCAGCAAGUACAGCUUCCACAACCGGAAGUGUCCGACGCCGGGCUGUGACGGCUCGGGUCAUGUGACUGGCCGGUUUACCGCUCAUCACUGUAUCUCUGGCUGCCCAUUGGCUGAGCGUAACCAGGGGCGACUGAAGGCCGAUCUGUCGGACUCAGAAGGAAAACGAAACCUGUUCUUUGGUCAGAGGAAGAAAACACACUAUCGCGGCAGGAUCGGUCGGCCUCCGAAGUACAGGAAGAGCCAACAAAGAGACUAUCAAGGGCUGUCUGCGGAGGACGUGUACCCCUCUCUCUUCAUGUCUGCUCUGAGUGGACAGUCUGACCGCUCCCUGUCCCUGUGCUGGGAGCAGCACUGUAAACUGCUGCCCGGGGUCCAGGGCAUCGAGGGCAGUCAGGUUGCGGCCUGGAGCGUGGACCAGGUCUCUGAGUUUGUCCAGAGUCUGAUUGGCUGUGAGGAGCAGGCGCGGCUCUUCAAAGACGAGAUGAUCGAUGGCGAGGCGUUCCUGCUUCUGACUCAGAGCGACAUCGUGAAGAUCAUGAGCAUCAAACUGGGUCCAGCGCUGAAGAUCUCCAACGCCAUCCUCAUGUUCAAGAGCACAGACGAGAGGGCCGCGAACGGACGGGAUCUCAACCAGAGGGCCGCGAACGGACGGGAUCUCAACCAGAGGGCCACAUACGGACAGGUUCUCAACCAGAGGGCCACGCACACACAGACUGCGUUCAAGAGACGGUCCGCGUACGCCGCCCUCCAGCCUGUGGCGCCCUCUGCUGUUCACCCACAGACUCAGACCUCCUCAGACCCACAGACUCAGACCUCCUCAGACCCACAGACUCAGACCUCCUCAGACCACAGACUCAGACCUCCUCAGACCCACAGACUCAGACCUCCUCAGACCCAGACUCAGACCUCCUCAGACCCCAGACUCAGACCUCCUCAGACCACAGACUCAGACCUCCUCAGACCCACAGACUCAGACCUCCUCAGACCCACAGACUCAGACCUCCUCAGACCCACAGACUCAGACCUCCUCAGACCACAGACUCAGACCUCCUCAGACCCACAGACUCAGACCUCCUCAGACCCCAGACUCAGACCUCCUCAGACCCACAGACUCAGACCUCCUCAGACCCACAGACCUCCUCAGACCCACAGACUCAGACCUCCUCAGACCCAGACUCAGACCUCCUCAGACCCACAGACUCAGACCUCCUCAGACCCAGACUCAGACCUCCUCACAGACUCAGACCUCCUCAGACCCACAGACUCAGACCUCCUCAGACCCAGACUCAGACCUCCUCAGACCCACAGACUCAGACCUCCUCAGACCACAGACUCAGACCUCCUCAGACCCACAGACUCAGACCUCCUCAGACCCACAGACUCAGACCUGACCACAGACUCAGACCUCCUCAGACCCACUGACUCAGACCUCCUCAGACCCAGACUCAGACCUCCUCAGACCCACAGACUCAGACCUCCUCAGACCCAGACUCAGACCUCCUCAGACCCACAGACUCAGACCUCCUCAGACCCAGACUCAGACCUCCUCAGACCCACAGACUCAGACCUCCUCAGACCCCCAGACUCAGACCUCCUCAGACCCACAGACUCAGACCUCCUCAGACCCCAGACUCAGACCUCCUCAGACCCACAGACUCAGACCUCCUCAGACCCCAGACUCAGACCUCCUCAGACCCACAGACUCAGACCUCCUCAGACCCAGACUCAGACCUCCUCAGACCCACAGACUCAGACCUCCUCAGACCCCAGACUCAGACCUCCUCAGACCCACAGACUCAGACCUCCUCAGACCCAGACUCAGACCUCCUCAGACCACAGACUCAGACCUCCUCAGACCCAGACUCAGACCUCCUCAGACCCAGACUCAGACCUCCUCAGACCACAGACUCAGACCUCCUCAGACCCACAGACUCAGACCUCCUCAGACCCACAGACUCAGACCUCCUCAGACCCACAGACUCAGACCUCCUCAGACCCCCAGACUCAGACCUCCUCAGACCCACAGACUCAGACCUCCUCAGACCCAGACUCAGACCUCCUCAGACCCACAGACUCAGACCUCCUCAGACCCAGACUCAGACCUCCUCAGACCCACAGACUCAGACCUCCUCAGACCACAGACUCAGACCUCCUCAGACCCACAGACUCAGACCUCCUCAGACCCAGACUCAGACCUCCUCAGACCCACAGACUCAGACCUCCUCAGACCCACAGACUCAGACCUCCUCAGACCCACAGACCAGACUCUCAGACCCCUCAACCCACAGACUCAGACCUCCUCAGACCCAGACUCAGACCUCCUCAGACCCACAGACUCAGACCUCCUCAGACCCACAGACUCAGACCUCCUCAGACCCACAGACUCAGACCUCCUCAGACCACAGACUCAGACCUCCUCAGACCCACAGACUCAGACCUCCUCAGACCACAGACUCAGACCUCCUCAGACCCACAGACUCAGACCUCCUCAGACCCAGACUCAGACCUCCUCAGACCCACAGACUCAGACCUCCUCAGACCCACAGACUCAGACCUCCUCAGACCCACAGACUCAGACCUCCUCAGACCCAGACUCAGACCUCCUCAGACCCACAGACUCAGACCUCCUCAGACCCAGACUCAGACCUCCUCAGACCCACAGACUCAGACCUCCUCAGACCCAGACUCAGACCUCCUCAGACCCCAGACUCAGACCUCCUCAGACCCAGACUCAGACCUCCUCAGACCCACAGACUCAGACCUCCUCAGACCCAGACUCAGACCUCCUCAGACCCACAGACUCAGACCUCCUCAGACCCAGACUCAGACCUCCUCAGACCCACAGACUCAGACCUCCUCAGACCCAGACUCAGACCUCCUCAGACCCACAGACUCAGACCUCCUCAGACCCACAGACUCAGACCUCCUCAGACCCACAGACUCAGACCUCCUCAGACCCCCAGACUCAGACCUCCUCAGACCCCAGACUCAGACCUCCUCAGACCCAGACUCAGACCUCCUCAGACCCACAGACUCAGACCUCCUCAGACCCACAGACUCAGACCUCCUCAGACCCACAGACUCAGACCUCCUCAGACCCAGACUCAGACCUCCUCAGACCCACAGACUCAGACCUCCUCAGACCCAGACUCAGACCUCCUCAGACCACAGACUCAGACCUCCUCAGACCCAGACUCAGACCUCCUCAGACCCACAGACUCAGACCUCCUCAGACCCAGACUCAGACCUCCUCAGACCCACAGACUCAGACCUCCUCAGACCCACAGACUCAGACCUCCUCAGACCCACAGACUCAGACCUCCUCAGACCCAGACUCAGACCUCCUCAGACCCACAGACUCAGACCUCCUCAGACCCAGACUCAGACCUCCUCAGACCCACAGACUCAGACCUCCUCAGACCCAGACUCAGACCUCCUCAGACCCACAGACUCAGACCUCCUCAGACCCAGACUCAGACCUCCUCAGACCCACAGACUCAGACCUCCUCAGACCCAGACUCAGACCUCCUCAGACCCACAGACUCAGACCUCCUCAGACCCAGACUCAGACCUCCUCAGACCCACAGACUCAGACCUCCUCAGACCCAGACUCAGACCUCCUCAGACCCACAGACUCAGACCUCCUCAGACCCAGACUCAGACCUCCUCAGACCCCAGACUCAGACCUCCUCAGACCCAGACUCAGACCUCCUCAGACCCACAGACUCAGACCUCCUCAGACCCAGACUCAGACCUCCUCAGACCCCAGACUCAGACCUCCUCAGACCCAGACUCAGACCUCCUCAGACCCACAGACUCAGACCUCCUCAGACCCACAGACUCAGACCUCCUCAGACCACAGACUCAGACCUCCUCAGACCCCAGACUCAGACCUCCUCAGACCCAGACUCAGACCUCCUCAGACCCCAGACUCAGACCUCCUCAGACCCAGACUCAGACCUCCUCAGACCCACAGACUCAGACCUCCUCAGACCCAGACUCAGACCUCCUCAGACCCCAGACUCAGACCUCCUCAGACCCCAGACUCAGACCUCCUCAGACCCAGACUCAGACCUCCUCAGACCCACAGACUCAGACCUCCUCAGACCCAGACUCAGACCUCCUCAGACCACAGACUCUCAGACCUCCUCAGACCCAGACUCAGACCUCCUCAGACCCAGACUCAGACCUCCUCAGACCCACAGACUCAGACCUCCUCAGACCACAGACUCAGACCUCCUCAGACCCACAGACUCAGACCUCCUCAGACCCCAGACUCAGACCUCCUCAGACCCACAGACUCAGACCUCCUCAGACCACAGACUCAGACCUCCUCAGACCCAGACUCAGACCUCCUCAGACCACAGACUCAGACCUCCUCAGACCCACAGACUCAGACCUCCUCAGACCCCAGACUCAGACCUCCUCAGACCCAGACUCAGACCUCCUCAGACCCACAGACUCAGACCUCCUCAGACCCAGACUCAGACCUCCUCAGACCCACAGACUCAGACCUCCUCAGACCCAGACUCAGACCUCCUCAGACCCACAGACUCAGACCUCCUCAGACCCCAGACUCAGACCUCCUCAGACCCACAGACUCAGACCUCCUCAGACCCACAGACUCAGACCUCCUCAGACCCACAGACUCAGACCUCCUCAGACCCUCAGACUCUCAGACCUCACUCAGACCUCCUCAGACCCAGACUCAGACCUCCUCAGACCCACAGACUCAGACCUCCUCAGACCCACAGACUCAGACCUCCUCAGACCCACAGACUCAGACCUCCUCAGACCCAGACUCAGACCUCCUCAGACCCAGACUCAGACCUCCUCAGACCCAGACUCAGACCUCCUCAGACCCACAGACUCAGACCUCCUCAGACCCCAGACUCAGACCUCCUCAGACCCAGACUCAGACCUCCUCAGACCCACAGACUCAGACCUCCUCAGACCCCAGACUCAGACCUCCUCAGACCCACAGACUCAGACCUCCUCAGACCCACAGACUCAGACCUCCUCAGACCCAGACUCAGACCUCCUCAGACCCAGACUCAGACCUCCUCAGACCCACAGACUCAGACCUCCUCAGACCCAGACUCAGACCUCCUCAGACCCAGACUCAGACCUCCUCAGACCCACAGACUCAGACCUCCUCAGACCCAGACUCAGACCUCCUCAGACCCACAGACUCAGACCUCCUCAGACCCAGACUCAGACCUCCUCAGACCCACAGACUCAGACCUCCUCAGACCCACAGACUCAGACCUCCUCAGACCCACAGACUCAGACCUCCUCAGACCCAGACUCAGACCUCCUCAGACCCACAGACUCAGACCUCCUCAGACCCACAGACUCAGACCUCCUCAGACCCACAGACUCAGACCUCCUCAGACCCACGACUCAGACCUCCUCAGACCCAGACUCAGACCUCCUCAGACCCCAGACUCAGACCUCCUCAGACCCAGACUCAGACCUCCUCAGACCCAGACUCAGACCUCCUCAGACCCAGACUCAGACCUCCUCAGACCCACAGACUCAGACCUCCUCAGACCCACAGACUCAGACCUCCUCAGACCCACAGACUCAGACCUCCUCAGACCCACAGACUCAGACCUCCUCUCCUCAGACCCACAGACUCAGACCUCCUCAGACCCAGACUCAGACCUCCUCAGACCCCAGACUCAGACCUCCUCAGACCACAGACUCAGACCUCCUCAGACCACAGACUCAGACCUCCUCAGACCCACAGACUCAGACCUCCUCAGACCCAGACUCAGACCUCCUCAGACCCCAGACUCAGACCUCCUCAGACCCACAGACUCAGACCUCCUCAGACCCACAGACUCAGACCUCCUCAGACCCAGACUCAGACCUCCUCAGACCCAGACUCAGACCUCCUCAGACCCAGACUCAGACCUCCUCAGACCCAGACUCAGACCUCCUCAGACCCACAGACUCAGACCUCCUCAGACCCAGACUCAGACCUCCUCAGACCCACAGACUCAGACCUCCUCAGACCCAGACUCAGACCUCCUCAGACCCCAGACUCAGACCUCCUCAGACCCAGACUCAGACCUCCUCAGACCCAGACUCAGACCUCCUCAGACCCAGACUCAGACCUCCUCAGACCCACAGACUCAGACCUCCUCAGACCCAGACUCAGACCUCCUCAGACCCAGACUCAGACCUCCUCAGACCCAGACUCAGACCUCCUCAGACCCACAGACUCAGACCUCCUCAGACCCAGACUCAGACCUCCUCAGACCCAGACUCAGACCUCCUCAGACCCAGACUCAGACCUCCUCAGACCCCAGACUCAGACCUCCUCAGACCCAGACUCAGACCUCCUCAGACCCAGACUCCAGACCUCCUCAGACCCAGACUCAGACCUCCUCAGACCCAGACUCAGACCUCCUCAGACCCAGACUCAGACCUCCUCAGACCCCAGACUCAGACCUCCUCAGACCCAGACUCAGACCUCCUCAGACCCACAGACUCAGACCUCCUCAGACCCAGACUCAGACCUCCUCAGACCACAGACUCAGACCUCCUCAGACCCAGACUCAGACCUCCUCAGACCACAGACUCAGACCUCCUCAGACCCAGACUCAGACCUCCUCAGACCCACAGACUCAGACCUCCUCAGACCCAGACUCAGACCUCCUCAGACCCAGACUCAGACCUCCUCAGACCCAGACUCAGACCUCCUCAGACCCAGACUCAGACCUCCUCAGACCCAGACUCAGACCUCCUCAGACCCACAGACUCAGACCUCCUCAGACCCAGACUCAGACCUCCUCAGACCCACAGACUCAGACCUCCUCAGACCCAGACUCAGACCUCCUCAGACCCACAGACUCAGACCUCCUCAGACCACAGACUCAGACCUCCUCAGACCCACAGACUCAGACCUCCUCAGACCCACAGACUCAGACCUCCUCAGACCCACAGACUCAGACCUCCUCAGACCCAGACUCAGACCUCCUCAGACCCACAGACUCAGACCUCCUCAGACCCACAGACUCAGACCUCCUCAGACCCACAGACUCAGACCUCCUCAGACCCAGACUCAGACCUCCUCAGACCCAGACUCAGACCUCCUCAGACCCACAGACUCAGACCUCCUCAGACCCAGACUCAGACCUCCUCAGACCCAGACUCAGACCUCCUCAGACCCACAGACUCAGACCUCCUCAGACCCCAGACUCAGACCUCCUCAGACCCAGACUCAGACCUCCUCAGACCCAGACUCAGACCUCCUCAGACCCCAGACUCAGACCUCCUCAGACCCACAGACUCAGACCUCCUCAGACCCAGACUCAGACCUCCUCAGACCCCAGACUCAGACCUCCUCAGACCCAGACUCAGACCUCCUCAGACCCCAGACUCAGACCUCCUCAGACCCAGACUCAGACCUCCUCAGACCCCAGACUCAGACCUCCUCAGACCCAGACUCAGACCUCCUCAGACCCAGACUCAGACCUCCUCAGACCCACAGACUCAGACCUCCUCAGACCCAGACUCAGACCUCCUCAGACCCAGACUCAGACCUCCUCAGACCCACAGACUCAGACCUCCUCAGACCCAGACUCAGACCUCCUCAGACCCAGACUCAGACCUCCUCAGACCACAGACUCAGACCUCCUCAGACCCACAGACUCAGACCUCCUCAGACCCAGACUCAGACCUCCUCAGACCCACAGACUCAGACCUCCUCAGACCCCAGACUCAGACCUCCUCAGACCCACAGACUCAGACCUCCUCAGACCCAGACUCAGACCUCCUCAGACCCACAGACUCAGACCUCCUCAGACCCACAGACUCAGACCUCCUCAGACCCACAGACUCAGACCUCCUCAGACCCCAGACUCAGAUCCUCCUCAGACCCACAGACUCAGACCUCCUCAGACCCCAGACUCAGACCUCCUCAGACCCCAGACUCAGACCUCCUCAGACCCAGACUCAGACCUCCUCAGACCCAGACUCAGACCUCCUCAGACCCAGACUCAGACCUCCUCAGACCCAGACUCAGACCUCCUCAGACCCAGACUCAGACCUCCUCAGACCCAGACUCAGACCUCCUCAGACCCACAGACUCAGACCUCCUCAGACCCAGACUCAGACCUCCUCAGACCCACAGACUCAGACCUCCUCAGACCCAGACUCAGACCUCCUCAGACCCAGACUCAGACCUCCUCAGACCCAGACUCAGACCUCCUCAGACCCAGACUCAGACCUCCUCAGACCCAGACUCAGACCUCCUCAGACUCAGACCUCCUCAGACCCAGACUCAGACCUCCUCAGACCCACAGACUCAGACCUCCUCAGACCCCAGACUCAGACCUCCUCAGACCCCAGACUCAGACCUCCUCAGACCCCAGACUCAGACCUCCUCAGACCCACAGACUCAGACCUCCUCAGACCCACAGACUCAGACCUCCUCAGACCCAGACUCAGACCUCCUCAGACCCACAGACUCAGACCUCCUCAGACCCACAGACUCAGACCUCCUCAGACCCACAGACUCAGACCUCCUCAGACCCACAGACUCAGACCUCCUCAGACCCACAGACUCAGACCUCCUCAGACCACAGACUCAGACCUCCUCAGACCCAGACUCAGACCUCCUCAGACCCACAGACUCAGACCUCCUCAGACCCACAGACUCAGACCUCCUCAGACCCACAGACUCAGACCUCCUCAGACCCACAGACUCAGACCUCCUCAGACCCACAGACUCAGACCUCCUCAGACCCAGACUCAGACCUCCUCAGACCCACAGACUCAGACCUCCUCAGACCCCAGACUCAGACCUCCUCAGACCCACAGACUCAGACCUCCUCAGACCCACAGACUCAGACCUCCUCAGACCCCAGACUCAGACCUCCUCAGACCCACAGACUCAGACCUCCUCAGACCCCAGACUCAGACCUCCUCAGACCCACAGACUCAGACCUCCUCAGACCCAGACUCAGACCUCCUCAGACCCACAGACUCAGACCUCCUCAGACCCACAGACUCAGACCUCCUCAGACCCAGACUCAGACCUCCUCAGACCCAGACUCAGACCUCCUCAGACCCACAGACUCAGACCUCCUCAGACCCAGACUCAGACCUCCUCAGACCCACAGACUCAGACCUCCUCAGACCCACAGACUCAGACCUCCUCAGACCCAGACUCAGACCUCCUCAGACCCCAGACUCAGACCUCCUCAGACCCAGACUCAGACCUCCUCAGACCCACAGACUCAGACCUCCUCAGACCCACAGACUCAGACCUCCUCAGACCCAGACUCAGACCUCCUCAGACCCAGACUCAGACCUCCUCAGACCCAGACUCAGACCUCCUCAGACCCAGACUCAGACCUCCUCAGACCCACAGACUCAGACCUCCUCAGACCCCAGACUCAGACCUCCUCAGACCCACAGACUCAGACCUCCUCAGACCCACAGACUCAGACCUCCUCAGACCACAGACUCAGACCUCCUCAGACCCACAGACUCAGACCUCCUCAGACCCAGACUCAGACCUCCUCAGACCACAGACUCAGACCUCCUCAGACCCAGACUCAGACCUCCUCAGACCCACAGACUCAGACCUCCUCAGACCACAGACUCAGACCUCCUCAGACCCCAGACUCAGACCUCCUCAGACCCAGACUCAGACCUCCUCAGACCCAGACUCAGACCUCCUCAGACCCACAGACUCAGACCUCCUCAGACCCACAGACUCAGACCUCCUCAGACCCACAGACUCAGACCUCCUCAGACCCACAGACUCAGACCUCCUCAGACCCCAGACUCAGACCUCCUCAGACCCACAGACUCAGACCUCCUCAGACCCCAGACUCAGACCUCCUCAGACCCAGACUCAGACCUCCUCAGACCACAGACUCAGACCUCCUCAGACCCACAGACUCAGACCUCCUCAGACCCACAGACUCAGACCUCCUCAGACCCACAGACUCAGACCUCCUCAGACCCAGACUCAGACCUCCUCAGACCCAGACUCAGACCUCCUCAGACCCACAGACUCAGACCUCCUCAGACCCACAGACUCAGACCUCCUCAGACCCACAGACUCAGACCUCCUCAGACCCAGACUCAGACCUCCUCAGACCCACAGACUCAGACCUCCUCAGACCCACAGACUCAGACCUCCUCAGACCCAGACUCAGACCUCCUCAGACCCAGACUCAGACCUCCUCAGACCCAGACUCAGACCUCCUCAGACCACAGACUCAGACCUCCUCAGACCCCAGACUCAGACCUCCUCAGACCCAGACUCAGACCUCCUCAGACCCAGACUCAGACCUCCUCAGACCCACAGACUCAGACCUCCUCAGACCACAGACUCAGACCUCCUCAGACCCAGACUCAGACCUCCUCAGACCCAGACUCAGACCUCCUCAGACCCAGACUCAGACCUCCUCAGACUCAGACUCCUCAGACCCACAGACUCAGACCUCCUCACUCCCUCAGACCUCCUCACUCCCUCAGACCCACAGACUCAGACCCAGACUCAGACCUCCUCACUCCCUCCUCCUCACUCCCUCAGACCCACAGACUCAGACCUCCUCACUCCCUCAGACUCACAGACUCAGACCUCCUUAGACCCACACAGCAAAACGAUAACAUGAACUCUGACAACACUGACGAUAACAUGAACUCUGACCAACACUGA